CUCCUGCGCGGGAGCAGGAGCGGCGGGGUCCCGCUAUGGAGCGGGGAGCGCGGCGGGGGCCCAAGACCCCCCGAGGGGUGGCCCUGACAGGCCAGGUACCUCCCCCACGCCACGGGGAGGGCAUGGCCGGCGCCCCCGGCGGAGGGCCCGUGCCCCAGGCAGCCACGGAGAAACCAUCGUGCCACGGGGAGCCACCCGGGACAACCAGUGAGGCCGAAGCCGCAGCGGUGCCCCCCGAAGAAGUCGGUGAGGGGCUCGGGGACAGCUCACCCCAGACACCCCCCGUGCCCGCGUGGAUGCCCACAGAGCAGCCCGCACCCCGGGGCAGCUGCUUGAUCCGCAACUGGCAGGAGGAGCGAGCCACGAACGACCUGGACCGCGUGCUGAGGCCGGAGCUGGGCAGUGAGGGCUUCUUCUACCGGCACGGCCACCGCGAGCUGCUCGCCCACCAGCUCCUCUCCCAGCUGGCUGACAGCACCACCACGAAGGACGCCUACCGCCAGCCUUGGAGGACCGCGCUGCCGGCCCGAGGGCAGCGGGAAGCCAUGCUGGAGUUCAUGCUCUACCAGAAAUACAGGAAGGAGAUGCUGGAGGAGAUCUGUCCGCCACCUGGUCCCAUGGAGUUGGUCUCCACCACGCACCGGGACUACUGCGCUGAGGGCUUCCAGCCCAUGCCGCUUCCCGCCACCCAGCCCCACGACUGCUACACGGAGCAGCCCUGCACCUACUGGCUGGAGCAAGCCCACGGCGUGCCCGUAAGCCCCCCACCAGCCGGCUGGGCCCCGUGCCCUCCACGCGGCUCACGGGGUCCCUCCGUCCCCCUCCAGGGCGUCACCAGCAUCUGCACCACAGACACCCCUUUCCGGAGGAACGCGGCCUUCUCCACCCCCGUCACGGAGCAGCGGGGCCAGCCCCUGCCCUGAUGCCCAGCCUCUGGCCCAGUCAAGCAAUAAAGAGCAGGAGGCA